UCUUCCAUCAUCAACAUUCAUCACUUUGAAACUAAAUUUCGCAUCACCCCAAUCACACUCUAUAACUAUCAGUCAGUCACGCUAGUUACUUAGUUAUUACAUAUACAUUAUGCCUUUGACGAAGAAGAACAGUGAUCUUUCUCACAGAGCAUGGAAGCUGUUGAGGGUUUCAUUGCUAUGGGCUCGCAAAGGGGGCGUGUUCAAGCGCAGGCUUGCGAUGGAGUUGCGUCUUGUGCCCAAGUACUUGAAGCGUCUCGGCCACACAACAACGUCUUCAUCACAAAGCAAUCAAAUUCAUUACUUUGAGCGUGAGCUCUCAUUUGAUAAGACUCCAAUCUUCCAUGUCAAGAUGUACCGUCCUAAUUCCUCCAUGCGCUUCCUUCACUUGCCUCACAUCCCAUGUAUAAAUCCUCACGUUGAUUUCGACUACGACUUUGAAGAUGACAAUGCCGACCACGACAUAAUUGGAUACCACAAUAAUCAUCAAGAAGAAUGGAAAGAAGAUGGAGAAGAACAAGAAGAAGGGAUAGAUAAGAGAGCUGAGGAGUUCAUUGCUAAGUUCUACGAGCAAAUGAAGCUUCAGCGACAGAUUUCUUAUCUACAAUACAAUGGGACACCAAACAGAGACACUACUACUUGUUGAGAAUUUCCAUUUCCUGCCACAAUAUGCAGUUCUUUUAUUAUUUGAUUAUUUCCCAUCACUUAAAUUUUUUGAAGCCACGGCUAAUGGUAGAAAGUUUUGGAUCUUGAAAAGUAUGAGACAUGAGUAGUUGAGAACUAUUGCGAGAUGUUUGUAGAUACUGGGAGGUAUUACUAUUUUUGUAUUCUUGUAUUUACAUUUUUUUUCUUAGUUAUAUCAAUAAAACACUGCGGGUUAAUUAAUAUACUAA